AUGGCUCCGCCGCUCCCUCUCCACGUCCUCGCCGUUAUCCUCCUCGCCACCACUGUCUCACUCUCAGCUGCGGCGGUGGCGGUGGCAGUGGUGUUCCCCAAGGAAGCGCUCCCGACCAAGUCGGGCUACCUCCCCAUCCCGCCCGCCAACGCUUCCCUCUUCUUCGCCUUCUACGAGGCCACCCACCCGCUCACGCCACCAGCCUCCACGCCGCUCCUCCUCUGGCUGCAGGGCGGGCCCGGCUGCUCCGGCCUCAUGGGCAACUUCUUCGAGCUCGGCCCGUACUUCGUCAACCCCGACGCCGCGACCCUCGCGCCCAACCCCUUCGCCUGGAACCGCCGCUUCGGGCUGCUCUUCAUCGACAGCCCGCUCGGCACCGGCUUCAGCGCCGCGCCGUCCCCCGCCGUCAUCCCCACCAACCAAUCCGUCAUCGCCGCGCACAUCCUUGCUGCGCUGCAGUCGUUCUUCGCCCUCGAGCCCAGCUUCCGCGCACGCCCCUUCUUCCUCACCGGCGAGAGCUACGCCGGCAAGUACAUCCCCGCGGCGGGGUCGCAUAUCCUGGACGUGAGUCACACGCUACCAAAGGCGCUGCGUGUCAACCUGCGCGGCGUGGCCAUCGGCAACGGGCUGACGCACCCCGUCGCGCAGGUGGCCACGCACGCGGACUCGGCCUACUUCACGGGGCUCAUCAACGCCAGGCAGAAGCGGGAGCUCGAGGCGCUGCAGGCGGAGGCGGUAAAACUGACCAACGCGCGCCGGUGGCGCGAGGCGGCGGACGCGCGUGGGCGGGUGCUGUCGCGGCUGCAGAACAUGACUGGCUUGGCCACGCUGUACGACGCGGCGAAGCAGCGGCCGUACCAGACGGGGCCUGUGGGCGCGUUCCUGAAUCGGGCGGAGGCCAAGGCGGCGCUCGGCGCGCGCGGAGACGUGGGGUGGGAGGAGUGCAGUCACGCGGUGGGCGCGGCGAUGCACGAGGACGUGAUGAAGAGCGUGAGGCCGGAGGUGGAGUCGCUGCUGCGGCGCACGCGCGUGCUGCUGUACCAGGGCAUCCGUGACCUCAGGGACGGCGUCGUGUCCACGGAGGCCUGGCUGAGCGAGGUGGACUGGGACGGGCUGUGCGCGUUCGUCGACGCCGACCGCGCCGUGUGGCGGGACGCCGACGGGGAGCUCGCGGGCUAUGUGCAGCGCUCGGGCUCUCUCUCGCACGCGGUGGUGUACGGGGCCGGGCACCUCGUGCCGGCGGACAACGGCCGCGCCGCGCAGGAGAUGAUCGAGAACUGGGUGCUGCAGGCCGGGCUGUUCAAGCGCGCUGGCAACGGCAUGAGACGCGCCGCCUGAUGCCGCCCGUCCGCGCGGGUGGAGCACCCGGAUGAAGCACGGACGAGUUUGACGUGAUUGUUCAAUAAGGAAUUUUGUUCUCGGGGUUCCGAUAGAUUCAAUCGUCGGGAAUAUAAGCAUUUGAAUA